AUGGCUGUCAUCAGAGCACUAGAAGUCGGCAAACAUAACGUACACUCGUACGAACUACACAUCAAAUGCAAGCUAGACAAAGGCGCAAUACCAAUACGUGGAUCCGUGCUCUUACCGACUCCUCUAAGUAAAAGCACUUCGAUUCUGGUGUUCGCAUCUGGUCCGUUAAUGAAUGAGGUGAAAAAUGCAGGUGCUAGUUUGGUUGGUGGAGAGGAAUUGAUUGACGAUAUUGCAAAAGGACAUCAAAAACUCGAUAAAUUUGACAAGGCUUUUUCCACGGUCGAUAUUUAUCCGUCGGUUAAGUCUAUUGCUAGGACAUUGGGUCCAAAAGGAUUAAUGCCUAUGGAGAAGAGAGGCACGGUCACAAAUGAUAUCGUAAAAGCUGUAAGAGAGGCCAUUGGAAAAUUCGAGUUCAAAGCGGAUAAACAAGGUGUUAUUCAUACCGGUAUUGGUAAAUUGUCAAUGACAGAAACGCAAUUACAAGGUAACAUCCUAGCACUCUUGCAAGAAAUCCGAGAUAUUUAUAAACUCAGUAAUCAAAAAGGAAAAACAAUUGAAGAAGUCGUACUGAAUUCCACACGUGGACCUGGAAUCGCAUUAAACAAUGUUUUGACAAUGUUGGAUAAACUAGAAGAGGAACGAAAUCUAUUGGAGAUGCCGGUAACUGAUGGUAAUCAAAAUAGAAACAAUCCUACGCCGACAUCAGCACCUCCAACCUCUUCUGUUGUGCGUGGUGGUGGUUCUGGAGCAGGUAUAAGUAGUGUUGCAGGUUCUAGUCGUUAUCCGGGUGUUGGUCUUGGUGGAAGAGAAGAAUGA